CCAAAAUGACUCAUUUCCCACAACUCUGUGUUGAAUCCAAGCCCUCCACCCUCCUUGGGGUGACCUUGGAGUUCAGCGGGACCCCAAAAAGUGAGGUACUCCCUCCCAGAGAUCCCAUUGUAGGCACUUGCCUGGGAAGCCCAUCUGCUCGUGGGGCCGUGCGAAGCUCCCGAAAAGCUCCAUGGGGCAAGCAGGCGACGAGGAACGGCUGUGCUGGUGGAAGCUGUGCUCCGACCGGAAAGCUGAGGAGGAUUUCAAGUUCAUCCACUCCAGAGCAGGUCAAAGGGGCCAAUGGCACCUCCUCACCCAGCGGCACCGGCUGUCUCGAGGGCGGCCACCGAGCUUAUAAAGCCCCGUUUGGCUCUCGGCCACCUUCCAGACCUCUUGUAAAACGGGCUAAAUUUAGGUCCUGCUACAUCACUCUGGGCGCUGUGGAAAUUUUUUCCUCUCUCCCCCCUUUCGUUGGCUCGGCUCCUCCCCGUCCUGGCCAUGGUGGGGGGAACCUGAUUCCACUGCUGGCGUUCCUGCCCACCGGGAUAGUGUAGUGGGCUGGAGGGCGUGAUGCUUGCCCCCACCCCACACUCACUGUCCCCAGGAUGGGGGUACGGAGGAGCUCCAGUCCCAGGGCUCCUUGCAUGGGGACUGAUAAUAACAAUAAAAAGUCAUUAGAAGUGUCCUUGAGGGAAGCAUGGAGAACAUCCAAGCUGUCAGCUCCAUGCAGGAAUCUGGGGAGGGAGGGGGUGCAAAAUCUGUAUCCUUUGGAGCUUCCCUCCCACCCCAGGGCAGACGAGGCCACAUUUUGGGGUAGAAAAGGAAGGCUCGGCGAGUGGUUCGACAGAACAGACCAUUGCUGGCACAGCCAGCAGCAUCGAGCGGAGCAGCCCCAGACCCCCAAACCAGUCCCGGGAUGGAGCACCCCAGCCUGGAGCAGGAAGAGGAAAAGGUUUUGGUGUCGAAGCACAGCUGGCAGCCCUGCCCCAAAGCCCGCAGGAGGCUGCGAGGGUGCAUGGAGGUGGUGAAGGGGCUGCUCUUCCGCGUGGGCGAGGACUGGUACUUCCUCUUUGUCCUGGGGGUCCUCAUGGCCACCAUCAGCUUCAUGAUGGACCUCAUCGUCUUCAGGCUCUAUGAGGCCCACCGGUGGCUGUACCAAGAAGUUGGUGAUUAUUUGGUGCUCAAGUACCUCUCAUGGACCAUCUACCCUGUGGCCCUGGCAGCUUUCUCCACCGGCUUUGCCAACAGCAUCACACCGCAUUCAGGAGGCUCCGGCAUCCCUGAGCUCAAGACCAUCCUGAGCGGCGUGGAGCUGGAGGAAUACUUGGCCAUCAAAAAUUUCGGGGCCAAGGUUGUUGGGCUGACCUGCACCCUUUCUGCUGGCAGCACCGUGUUCCUUGGCAAAUUGGGUCCCUUUGUUCACCUCUCCUCCAUGGCUGCAGCUUAUCUGGGGAAGAUGCGGACUGCAGUGAUAAGGGAGUAUGAGGACAAAUUCAAGCAGAACGAGAUGCUGGUGGCUGCUCAGGCUGUUGGCGUGGCCACUGUUUUCGGGGCUCCCAUCAGCGGGGUGCUGUUCAGCAUCGAGGUUAUGUCAUCCCACUUUGCCGUGCGGGAUUACUGGCGUGGUUUUUUUGCUGCUACUUGUGGUGCCUUCAUGUUUCGCCUCCUCGCCGUCUUCAACAGCGAGCAAGAGACCAUCGCCGCUCUUUUCAAGAGCAACCUCAAGAUUGAUUUCCCUUUUGACCUGCCAGAGACUUUCUUUUUCGUGAUUUUGGGGGCCAUCUGUGGAGCCAUCGCCUGUGCCUACCUCUUCUGCCAACGCUGGCUGCUGGCGGCCGUCAAAGAGAACCGGCUGACAGGCAGGCUGCUGGCCACUGACAAGCCCCUGUACACUGUGCUGGUGGUGCUGCUGCUGGCGUCCAUCACCUUCCCUCCAGGCCUGGGCCAGCUGAUGGCCUCCAGGCUGUCCAUGAAAGAACACCUCAUCUCUUUAUUUGACAACCGCUCCUGGUUUGUGCUGGCCCAGAACGCUUCGAUGGCCGCCACCCAGCUGGGGGACCCACGGGGGCUGUGGCAGGAGUGGUGCCACCCCUCAGCCACCAUCUUCGGUACUUUGGUCUUCUUCCUGCUGAUGAAGUUCUGGAUGCUGACCCUGGCCACCACCCUGCCCAUGCCUGCUGGGUACUUUAUGCCUGUCUUCAUCUAUGGAGCAGCCAUUGGGCGGUUGCAGGGGGAGGUGUUGGCCUCUCUCUUCCCCCAUGGCAUCCAUGCAGAGGGCGCGGCGUACCCCAUUGUCCCCGGUGGAUAUGCACUGGCCGGCGCUGCUGCUUUUUCGGGUGCCGUCACCUACUCCGUCUCCACCGCCCUGCUAGUGUGUGAGGCCACUGGCCACAUGGCCCACGUGCUGCCCGUCGUGCUGGCUGUGCUCGUGGCCAACGCCAUCACCCAGAAGUGCCAGCCUUCCUUCUACGAUGGCACCAUCAUUGUCAAGAAGCUGCCCUACCUGCCCCGCAUCCGCAGCCGGCACAUAGCCUCCUACCGGGUGGUGGUGAAGGAGUUCAUGGAGCAGCAGGUGGUGGCCGUGGCCAAGGGUGAUGGCUUUGAGGAGGUGCUGGCGGCCCUCAAUGCCACCACUGAUAAAGAAUACGCAGUGAUUGAGAGCAAAGAGUCACCCAUGCUGGUGGGCACCAUCAGCCGUGCUAAACUGAUAGCCUUCCUGCAGAGCCACGAGCACCCACAGGCACCCCCAGGGCCGCUGCAGGAGAAGCCAGCCUCCACAGGGACACUUGGGGAGGACUGUGCCAUCGAGCCCAUCGUACUGCAGCUGUCACCGUGGACCUCACUGCACCAGGCACAUCACCUCUUCGAGCUGCUGAAGCUGCAGCACAUCUUCGUCACUCACUAUGGGAAGCUGGUGGGAGCUGUCACACGCACUGAGCUGCGGAGAGCCAUAGAGGAGCUGGCCAAGGAAGCGUGACUGCCCAUCCUGCUGCUGUGUUAAUUAAAUGGCUUUUGGGAUCGUA